AUGGCAGAAGAUGACGGGAGCUCCGUCAACUUCCAGCAGCCAGAGCCGGCUUACGACAGAAGAGGCUCUGCAGCAUCCUUUGAAGAUUCCUACUACCACGACGACAGCCAAUUUGAACAUCCCCAAAACAAUCUCGAUCCCACGGCGAUUUUCAACACCAGCCAUCUCCAGGCAAACAACUUGACUCCAAUCCGCACUCCCAACGAUCCCUUCUACGAUAACGAGUACGAAAUGGAUCAGUUCAACCAUAAUGGAAACGGUAAUAGCAACUUCAACAGCCAUAACCAGAACUAUUCACAGCCAUUGCCUCAGUAUGCUUUCGUACCCAACGUAUACGACGAAGCUGAUGAAGAUGAAAGAGAGUUUGAUCAACAAAUUCAGUAUAACCAAUUCGAGGGUGAUCAUUACGAUUUGGCCACGGUUCAAGUCCAGCCACCUUCCAUUAUCGAUAUGCCUCCACCUCCUCCCAUUUCGGAUGAUGAUGAAGAUAACGAGGAUUCUCCAUUCCAAGACGUUCUGUAUCACGAACCUCCUCCACCCAAGCCCCAAAUUGGUAUAGCCCCUGGUCUCAACGGACACUUGGUGUUAGAUUGUCCUGUGGCGACAGAAUUGCUUUCCAAGUUUCCUGACUAUAAGGCCGGUGAAAAGGACGGUGGUUUAUCAAGAGAAUUCUCCUAUAUGAGAUACACGGCUGUUACAUGUGGUCCUUCCAACUUCUACAGAGAUGGGUACAUCUUACGUCCAGUCCAUUAUCCCAUUCCCCGUCAGACAGAAAUUAUGAUUGUAGUCACUAUGUACAACGAAAGUGACAUCCUUUUGGCCAGAACCUUGAAGGGAAUCUUCAAGAACAUCAAACAUUUGGAGUCUCGAAACAGAAACUCCACCUGGGGUAAGGAUUCGUGGAAAAAAAUCGUUGUUUGUAUAGUGUCUGAUGGUCGUUCCAAGAUCCAUGAGAGAGCCCAGGCUCUUCUUGCAGCAUUGGGAGUCUACCAGGAUGGACUUGCCAAAAGUAGAGUCGAUGACAAAAAGACUCAGGCCCAUGUAUACGAGUAUACCACGAGAGUGGGGAUCUCCAGUGUCACCGAUACUGUGAAAUUAACUACCGAAAAGAUAGUGCCAGUGCAGUUGCUCUUCUGUUUGAAAGAGAAUAACGCCAAGAAGAUCAAUUCUCAUAGAUGGUGUUUCCAGGCUUUGGGCCAAGUUCUAGACCCUAAAAUUGUAGUUUUGCUCGAUGCGGGAACCCAGCCCUCGGGUAAGUCGUUAUAUCACUUGUGGAAGGAAUUCGACAAGGACCACCGAGUCGCUGGUGCCUGUGGUGAAAUUAGAGCAUCUUUGAAGAAGAGACAGAUCCUCACCAAUCCCAUCGUAUACGGACAAAAUUUUGAGUAUAAGAUCUCCAAUAUUUUGGAUAAACCCACCGAGUCUGUCUUUGGAUUCAUUUCCGUCUUGCCUGGUGCUUUUUCUGCCUACAGGUUUUGUGCCUUGCAAAAUGACGUCAAUGGCAAGGGCCCUCUUGAAAAAUACUUCAAGGGUGAGUUCAUGCACAGCAGUGGAGAGUUGGAUCCAAAUGAUGAUGAGUACCAAUUGAAAAAGACCCAGCAGAAGGAAGAAGCAGGUAUCUUCACCUCCAAUAUGUACUUGGCUGAAGAUAGAAUUCUCUGUUACGAGCUUGUUGCCAAGAAGGAUUGUAGUUGGUUGUUGAGAUAUUGUAAGAGUGCUAGUGCUGAAACUGAUGUACCUGAAGGUUUGGCUGAAUUCAUCUUACAAAGAAGAAGAUGGUUGAAUGGUUCGUUUUUCGCAGCUAUCUACGCCUUGGUGCAUUUUGCAAAGAUCUGGGGUUCGUCGCACUCUUUUGGUAGAAAGGUCUUCCUUCAUAUCGAGUUCUUCUAUCAGUUCUUGAACUUGGUAAUCUCCUGGUUCGCUAUCGGUUCUUAUUUCCUAGUUUUCAGAAUUUUGACUACUUCUCUUGCCGACCCUGCUUUGGGCUUUGCUCCUGGUAAAGUCUUGUCUGUUAUCUUCCUUUGGAUGUACCUUGCCUCUAUUGUUACUACGUUUGUCUUGAGUUUUGGUAACAAACCAAAGGGUACAGAGAGGUUCUACAUUGUGAUUGUUGUUUUCUUUGCUAUAUUGAUGGCGUAUAUGAUCUUUGCUGCUCUAUUUAUGGCUAUCCACUCCAUUCAAGAAAUUUAUCGAUCACAUACAAAAAUCACAGUUGCUCUUUUCAUCCAGAAUUCUCAGUUCAGAGACUUGGUAGUGGCCACUUCAUCCACGUAUGCAUUAUACUUCCUUGCCUCGUUUCUUUACUUCGAGCCAUGGCACAUGUUCACUUCGUUUGUGCAAUACAUUUUGUUGUCUCCAUCGUACGUGAAUGUUCUUAAUAUCUAUGCCUUCUGUAACAUCGACGAUAUUUCUUGGGGUACCAAAGGUGACACUGGUGGAGCUCUGUUGGGUGAGGCCAAGCUUAGAGAAGAUGGUACUUUCGAUGUCAGUAUACCAAUUCUCAAGGAAGAAAUCAACCAGUCGUACUUGAAUCAAUUAGAAAAGAUCAAGAAUCCAUGGGUUGAGAACGAUUCCAAACAGGCUACUUCCAACGAAGACUAUUAUGCCUUUAUCAGAUCCAUGACGGUGUUGAUUUGGAUGAUCACCAACUUCAUCAUUGUAGCGAUUGUCUUGGAAACAGGUGGUUUCAACCAGUUUGAGUCUGCAACAGGCCUUCAAGUUGAAAAGGACAAACGUGCUAAGGUCUUUUUGACUGUGGUAUUGUGGAUGGUGGCAUUUAUGGCAUUGUUCAGAUUUAUUGGAUGUGUCUUGUAUUUAAUUCAAAGGUUGGGUAGAAAGCUCAAGCCUUCGGAACAUGCUACUUCGGGUAAGCCCUUCUGAGAUUGGAUGAUCGUUAGAACCUUAAUAUGUAAAUUCAACUUUAAGUGAGUAAAAUAAUUCAUGAACCUAUGUGUGACG